CAAAAUUCUGAAGUGGACAUUUCAAUGCCAUUAUUUGCAUAGAAUUGCACAAAUCAAAUGUACACAACCAAUACAGAACACUGGAUUGCGUAUUAGGCUGACUACAGGAAAUUCUGUUGUUUCACAUAUAUAAAUAUAAGGCAGAGAUUUGUGUUAUUGACAACAUAUUUCAACAGUGUAAGUAUUUUGAAAAACUGACCAAAUUUUAAAUGUGUGAGACACUUUACUGUAGUUUUCAUUAUUAAUGUGUAUUUUAGGCUGCAAGUGUCAAUGAUUCGAUAUUACUUAGGCUAUUCCACCACUAUCCAACAGAUAUUGUCAGAGACGUAUGAUGAAUCGAAUAAAUAAAGUAAUGUGGUGUUUUAUAUCACCACAAUGUGUCAUGACUGCUAAUGUUCUUAUAGUAUGUGUGUGUGUACAUAUACUUCCGGUUUCCUUAUAAGAAUUGCGAAAAUAUGCUUUCAUCCUUCAUUCACAAAGUGUUUCGUCUAAAAACAUAUGCUGAUAAGUUGUACACGGUGUCCGGAAGACUGACUUAGCUUCUGCCUUUCAACCGGGUGAUUUUUUUAAUCAAACAUCCCGAUGUGGGUCAGUUAGGCCUUUUAAUUGAACACUGUGAAUCUUUGACGUUUUAACCAAGAAGAAUUAUCUGAAAAAAAAUGCCCUGCAAAGAGACGUACCUUAACCUAUUCAAACAGCUAGAUAAAAAUGGAGACAAUGUAGUCUCCUAUGAAGAGUUGAAAUCUGGACUGAAAGAAUUAGGAAUGGAUGAUGACUGUAUCAAUGAUGUAAUGCGAAUACUUGACUCCGAUAAAGAUGGACAGAUCACAUUAGCUGAAUAUAAAAAGGCUGUUGGAUAUGAAUCUAAGUGAAUUCAGGUGUCUGCCAGGAAAUGUUGACAUUUGGAAAAAAAUUAGAUCCUUUUUAUACUGAUUUUGUAGAAGUUUUAUUGUUCAAUUUACGUUACUCUUAUUAUUACCCAGUUUGAAAUGUGUAUUUCACAGGUAUUUACUUAGUUGUGUUUAUCAAAUUCAAAAUAAACUUUAUUAAAUAUUCUUAUUACUAA